AUGACGGAGAUUUCAGAUGAGACGUACUAUAUCGACGAGAACGGUAUGUUAUUGGAUGAGCCGGCACAACAGGACUUACGAGCCGUAGAGUUCAAUUUCUUGGACAACAAGAACAUUUGUUGUGGUCUAUGCGGAGAAAUCGUGCCGUAUGAUCUGUUGAUGAGUGAGCACUUACCAACACAACACCCUGAUGUUAGUGUGCUUGGCGAUGGUGGCAGUAUGGAUUUCGAGGAGAUUCCAUAUGAGGUGUGGCUGAGGGAUAAGUUGAGUAGUGAGAAGAAGCAUAUGGAAAACGGAUUCAGAAGUGCAGCUUAUGAUCCGCUGCGUUUAUCGCGUUCAACACGUGUUCUCAGACGUGUCUCGCAAGUUAGAGUGAAUCCAAACGAAAUGUCAUUGGCACAAUUGGAUAAUGCAUUGCGCAAGAAGAUGGUCGAGAAAAUGGGACGAAAAGUGCCAGUAACGUUAGUGGAUAAGCAGCAUGCGCGAUGUGGUAUCUGUAAUGCAGUGGUAUCGUUGAACCGUAAAUUUGAAGUGGUGCAUCUGGUGAGACACUUCAACGCAUGGCAUCCGUCUGCGCACAGAUGUGCUGGAACAUGGAAAGAUCGGGUUAGAAUUUGCAAGAUUUGUUUAUUUCAACAUUAUUGUGAUCACUUGAUUUAG